UUUCUCGGCCUUUUGCAUUUCCUCUCUCUCUGGGAAUAGAAGAGGAGAAGAGAAAAGAUGAACGCAUUCAAAGCAUUCAAAGCCUGCGUCCCGAUAGAGUGGAGCCCACAACUCUACAUAACCCUAGUCAGGGGCUUACCGGGCACUCGUCGCCUCCACCGGCGCACGUUAGAGGCCAUGCGCCUCCGCAGGUGCAAUCGCACUGUCAUCCACCGGAACACCCCCUCCCUCCGCGGCAUGCUCCAACAGGUGAAGAGGCUGAUCGUGAUCGAGACGGAAGCAAUGUACAAUGCCCGGAAACAGAACGCGGCGGACCACCGAGCUCUGCGCUCCCCCAUCGUCGUUAACCACCUCUCUUCUUCUCAGUCACCCGCAUCGGAUUCUUCUCAGAAUUUACAGGAUGGAAGCAGAAAUUCAAAUUAGACUACAUGCUCACUUAUUGCAAAUGUGGUGGACGGUGCGCUCAUAGGGAGCUGUAUGGAUGGACAUGAUGUUUCAGCAACAAACAGUUGUGUUUGCCAUGAACAGACUUUUCAGGAGAUCUGUAAUACCCUACCAUCAAGAAGACUCUUCUGGGAGGGUUCUUUUUGUUUUCUUUUUGGGGUCAAACCCUAGCUGCAAGGGUCAUAAUCAUAGUUCGUAAUCAUGAAUUGUUGUUGGGCGGAUAGGCUGUUACUUUUGAUGAAAAGUGAAUGUAUUGGGUUUGGUGGCGUA